AUGGUUGAUAUGUCUCAAGAAAUUAACAAUGGUGGCCAUGUUACUGAUUUCAGUAAUGGUGGAAAUCCUGGGAACAAUAAUUCUACACCAGCUACGUCGAUUAGAUUGUCUCUUCUUGGAAGGAACAAGAUUGGGUUGGUGGAUGGUUCAUGUACAAAAGAUGGUGUGUCUCCUGAACUAAGGAAUCAAUGGGAGAGAGUAAAUGAUGUGGUUCUUUCAUGGCUUCACAAUUAUGUUUCAAAAAGUUUGUUAGGAGGGGUAGUUUUUGCCUCCACUGCUCAAAGUGUUUGGAAUGAUUUGAGGGAAAGAUUUGAUCGAAUGGAUGGAUUAAGAACCUUCAGUCUGCAUAAGGAAAUUGCAACACUGCAGCAAGGUACAGAUUCAGUGUCUGUCUAUUUUACAAAACUUAAGAACUUGUGGGAUGAGUUUGAAGCUCUAGUUCCAUCCUCUGGUUGUAACUGUGAAAGAUCAAGAGGUUUUAUUGAUCAUGUAAACAAGCAAAAACUCUAUCAAUCCUUAUGGGAUUGA